AUGAAGGUGAUCAAAGUGACAUUCGCCCUCGUCGCCUUUGCCAUGGCCGUAACCCUAACCCUCACGGCCAAAACACCCGACCCCACGCCUCCCUCUCGGGCCCCGCCCUCCAAACCUGCUGCCACAGCUCGUGUCAGCCGGUUCCUCCAAGCGAAGGAGAAAAACCCUAGAGCCGCAGACCACUGCAAGAAGGACAACGACGCCUGCCAGGAAGGCGGCCGAAACUCCACAUGUUGCAACAACAAGUGCCUUGACUUGCAGUACGACGACAAAAACUGCGGCUCGUGUAAGAAGAAGUGUGCCUUUACGGAGAAGUGCUGCGGAGGAGAGUGCGUGCUACUCGCCUACGACAAGAGACACUGUGGCGCGUGCGACAAGAAGUGCAAGUUAUGUUUGUACGGCACGUGCGAGUAUGCAUAG